AGAGCCAGAGCCCGGGCUUUGGCUCCAUCAGUCGAAUUCUUCCAGUGGCCUGAAGGCAAAAGUGUGUUUUUUAAUCGAAAAAAAAGAAAAAAUGAUUCUACCGGCGGUGUUCCUGUGCUUAAUUUCCGUCUCCCUGGCAUCGGACGAAGGAGCGUGUUACGUCACCAGUGAGAUGGAGGAUGAAUGCGGGUCGGUCUUCUACCCCAUCGUCAAGCCCCUUCUCAGAUAUUUUGAGGUUUGCCAGACGAAGGAUCGGAGGAACGCAGAGCUACAGGACUCACUGGAUGAAAUUAACCUCAAGUACUCAAAAUUGCUGGAGAAACAUGUAGAAGUUCAUGACAAGCUAAACGAAGAGAAUAUUAAAUAUCGUCAAUUACAAGAAAGCCAUACGGCAGCUCAGCGUGAAUAUCAUAAAGUUGAAGUUGAAUUCGCAGAGGUACGGGAAAAGUGGCAACUGACUAAUCGUGAAUUAGACAAAUCGCAGAAAAUCUUAAAUGAAACCAAUUUGAAAAAUGAACAACUUCAGAGUAGGCUAGUUAACGUAAAUCGGCAGAAUGCGAGGCUGCAGGGACAGAAUCAAAAUAAAGAUGAGGAGCUCCGAAGUCUUAGGGCACAAAUAUCUCAACAAGCAGCUCAAAUCACUCGGUUGCAGGACCAAACCUCUGAACUCGGCAAGCUGAAGGAUCUUUUCAGCGAAGAGAUAGCAAAGUUGCGAGAUGUUGUGAAAAGUGGAAGUGGAACUGAACCCAAUGAGGCAGAAAACAAUGCGACUAUUGCGGAAAGUGGAGUAUUGGCAAAAAAUGAAGCUACGAAUACUACUCACUUCAACUCAACUCAAGUUGAUCUUCCAGAUCGGUGUCCUUCAACACAAAAUGGAAUCUUUGUCUACCCAGAAAUCCAUUUCCCAGGAUUGGAACCCUUUCAAGUGGUUUGCUUCUCAAAUAAGGAUGUUGGAUCUGGAUGGAUGGAGGUUUUUUCUAAAUAUUAUUAUUCAACGAAAUUUAAUCAAACAUAUGAUCAGUAUUUAAACGGAUUUGGAGAUGUGAGGCAGCAACACUUCAUUGGACUUGAAAAAUUACAUAUUUUAACGAGCCAGAAGCCGCAUGAGAUGUAUAUUACCUAUUUUACACCUCCUUCUGCAGUCUUUAGAUUCUAUAGAAAUAUGCGAGUAAUAUGCGAGAACUUCGUUGUGGGCGACAGGAGCGAAGGUUACAGCCUGAAACAGAUUGACGGCUGUAGAGGAGAUACUUCCCUCUUCAAUCUCACUCAGGGAACAAAGUUCUCGACAUUCGAUCGCGAUCUGGAUGGAAAUCCGGAUCACAAUUGGGCACAAGAAUUGGGCCAUGGAUUCUGGUUUGGUUCUGAAAAGCCAAUUUGGAAUAGUAGGACAUCCUUUCGUUUAUAUAUCCGAAGGAAGGAUUGAUCUCCCAAGCAACCACCUUCAGAAGUGGAAUUUGGAAAUUAAAAAAUGAUGUCUGGAAUUUGGAAAUUUACAUAAUUUUAUGCAAUUUGUUGAAAAGUUAAAAAGGCUCCUGCAGUUCAUAAAUUGAACAUGAUUAAUAAAUUUCACUUUAAUUAAGUGUUUGGAUUAUAAAAAGUAAAAUAUAGACAACCGGUAAUCGGAUAUAAUGUAUUCUUUAACAAGAAAGGAA